UAGGAGAUGAACGAAAGCUCUCUCGCUCAAUCGCAAAAAACAGUUCAAACAUUCUGCGUGCAUGUUACUGUGUUGUUACACAACAACAUUGUUGGUUUGAUGCAUGAAGAUCAUUUGAAUCCAUUUCUUCAUCUGGGUAUGCGUGAUUUUUCUUAAACAAGCUUGAACAUUAAUGGAAAAGGGUAUCCAAAAGUGAAAAGGAGAAGAGUUAAGAAAUCACAAUGAUUGGGAAAGAUAGCGGGGUUAUGAAGGCAUGGGAAGCCACCAUGAGAAAGACACAUGCAGUUGCUAAGAAACGUGCCAAUAGUUUAUUCGGGACAUUAACUUUGGCAAACACAGGCGAAGAAGAAACCAACAAGGAUGAUGAUGAUGAUGAUGAAGAUGAAGAUGAUGGAAGCGGGGUAUUUGAACUUUACAAUGAAGAGAAGUUUCUCCCCAAUGGGGAUUACUAUACAGGGCAAUGGGCAAAUAACUUCCCUCAUGGACAAGGGAAAUAUCUCUGGACUGAUGGGUGCAUGUAUGUUGGAGAAUGGUUCAGAGGCAAAACAAUGGGAAAGGGUAGGUUCAGUUGGCCUUCAGGGGCUACCUAUGAAGGUGAAUUUAACAGUGGUCAUAUGGAUGGGACUGGAACAUACACAGGGCUCAAUGGGCAAACUUAUAAGGGGCAAUGGGUGAUGAAUUUGAAACAUGGUCAUGGGUUGAAGAGUUAUGCCAAUGGGGAUUGGUAUGAAGGAGAGUGGAAGCUAGGGUUGCAGGAUGGGGAAGGGAGAUAUGUGUGGAAAGAUGAGAGUUACUAUGUAGGGGAGUGGAGGAAUGGGACAAUUUGGGGAAAAGGGUUAUUUGUUUGGGCUGAUGGGAAAAGCUUUGAUGGGUGUUGGGAUGAGGGUGUGCCAAAGGGGAAUGGAACUUUCAAAUGGCCUGAUGGAAGUUACUAUGAGGGGAAUUGGAAUAAAGACAACAAAGAUCAUAAUGGGACAUUCUAUCCAUCUGAGUCAUCUGAGGAGUGCCAUUUUGAUUGGGAUCCACAGGAGUUGUAUGAAGUGUUGAAAGGAUACAUGGUGUGUCGUCCCGGGGAUAAGGUUCUGGUUUUUCCGUCUCAGAAGAGGCUUGCGGUGUGGAGGUCUGCAAAGAGAGGGGAUAGUGGUAAGAAUAGGAGAAUGUCAGUAGAUGGGAGGGUGAGUGUGGGAGUGGAGAGGCCAAGAGAGAGAAUGCAUUUGUGGGAUGGUGAUGUUAGUGGUGUUAACAGGACUACAAGUAGGAUGAGUGAUCCGGGUGAAGAUUCGAUGAGUUUGCGUACUCCAAACUCUGAAAGUGUGGCUCAACUCCAACCUCUGAAAGCGCCAAGGAAAUCAAAGAGGCAGGGAGAGACCAUAUGCAAAGGGCAUAAGAAUUAUGAGCUCAUGCUCAAUUUGCAGCUUGGAAUCAGACAUUCUGUUGCAAGACCUGCUCCAACAGCAUCACUUGAUCUUAAACCUUCAGCUUUUGAUCCUAAGGAGAAAGUGUGGACAAGAUUUCCACCUGAAGGAUCCAAAUAUACUCCACCACAUCCCUCUUGUGACUUUAAGUGGAAGGACUAUUGCCCGGUAGUGUUUAGGACUCUUAGGAAACUAUUCAAUGUGGAUCCAGCGGAUUACAUGUUAUCCAUAUGUGGAAAUGAUGCCCUUCGCGAACUUUCCUCUCCGGGAAAAAGUGGCAGCUUCUUUUACUUGACCAGUGAUGACCGUUACAUGAUUAAGACAAUGAAGAAAGCUGAAGUGAAAGUUCUCUUGAGAAUGCUUUCAGCCUAUUACAAUCAUUUUCGAGAGCAUCAAAAUACUCUAGUGACAAAGUAUUAUGGCCUACAUUGUGUGAAGUUAAAUGGACCAAUUCAGAAGAAGGUUCGAUUUAUCAUAAUGGGCAACCUCUUCUGUUCUGAGUAUGUCACCCAUAGACGUUAUGAUUUGAAAGGUUCUUCACUUGGCCGCAUAACAGACAAGCCUGAGACCGAGAUUAGUGAAACCACCAUCCUUAAAGAUCUUGAUCUUAAUUUUAUAUUUCGACUAGAGAGCUCAUGGUUUCAAGAGUUUUGCAGACAAAUUGAUAGGGACUGUGAGCUUCUGGAACAGGAGGGAAUUAUGGACUAUAGUUUGCUGGUGGGUAUUCAUUUCAAACAUAUAUCAACAGAAGGGGAAAUUAUUCCUAUAGGAUCUCAAACUCCUACUGGUAAUUCAUUCAGCAAGAUGAAUAGCUCAAAGCUUAAUAUGGUUGUCUGUGUCUAUUUGGGGAUCUGCAGUGUAAUAAUGGGUAUGAACAUGCCAGCAAGGAUUGAAAGGACAGUGAGAAAAAGUGAUUUUGAAGCACAACUUGUAGGAGAACCUAUUGGAGAGUUCUAUGAAGUUUUUUUGACUUUUGGUAUCAUAGAUAUACUUCAAGACUAUGAUAUCAGCAAGAAGCUUGAGCAUGCCUAUAAGUCCUUUCAAUAUGAUCCCACUUCAAUCUCAGCCGUGGAUCCAAUACAGUACUCAAGGCGCUUCCGUGAUUUCAUAUUUAGAAUAUUUACUGAAGACUCAUGAAAGGUAUAUACAUUAACAUAUACAUGAUUCUGCAUUUUCUUAAUUACAUUCAUUCUCUGUAUAGGACAUCAAAUGUAGUACACAGGAACACAUUGUGAAAAGUAGAAAGCAAGAGGGGCUAUGUAUAUGCAUCUUGUACACAUUUUGCUAGAUCAUGAUACUGUAUGACUAGAUCAUUGUUCUUUUGUAAGAGAUGAAGAGGUGUGUCAGGGAAUUCCAACAUUUUGUAUUAGAGUGGGAUGUAUAUAGGUGAAAGGAAAUGGAUCAAUAUACAAUUGUACAUGUUUACUCAUUCACUUCUCUUUGGUGCUAAUGCCAUCAAUUGUGUUUGUCA